AUGUUCUACUUUUUAUCCGACUGCGCCAGAAGGGCUAUCGGAGACCUGGAGGAUGACACGACGCCGUUAGAUAUGUCGUGGCCGUCAGGCUUCCGAAAGCGGCUGACGUACCUGUUGGUCGCGCCAAUUGUCUUCCCAUUAUGGAUUACCCUCCCGGACACCAGGACGCCGAGAGGGAAAGGAUUGUUCCCUAUAACAUUUAUAGGGUCUAUAGUUUGGAUAGCUUUCUUCUCUUAUCUGAUGGUGUGGUGGGCGAAUGUGGCGGGAGCUACGGCGAUGGUGCCUCCAGAAGUGAUGGGGCUUACGCUGCUGGCUGCGGGGACGUCGGUGCCUGACCUCAUCACGUCCGUGAUAGUCGCCAGAAAAGGAUUUGGUGAUAUGGCCGUCUCAAGCUCAGUCGGCAGCAAUAUUUUUGAUGUUACUGUUGGCCGGAGAUACAGAUAUACUAAGAAGAAACAAUCGGGCUUCGAUUACAUGUUGAACAAAAGACACCCUUGUCGCCUUACUGGAGCUGGAUAG